AAAAAAAAAAAAAAAAAAAAAAGUGGGGGGGAGCCCCUUGCAUAUGGUCACCCAGCCCCAACCCCAGUUGUUCUAGGCUCUGUUUCCUCCUCCCCAUCAGUUCCUGCCCUCCUUAGGGCCUGUAUCUUUUGCUUGUUUUCAUAGCAGACAGGUGUCUAGUGCCUGGUGCUCCUCCUGCACAUCCGCCCCCCAACCCUAGGGGCCAGAGCAGCUUUAAUUAAAUGCAGAGUUGAUUGCAUCACUCCCUGUUUACAAACCCCAGAAGAUUCCAUUCCCAUUGAGGGAAUCCACGCUUCUCAGCCGAUGCUUCCAGUCCCGUUGGAAAGAAAUGAAGUAUAAAGAGAAUGAACUGGAGACUCGCAGACUAGAGGGGAGCUAGAUAAGGAAAUGGAGACCAUAAGCACAAGGACCCUCUUCCUAGGUGGGGUGGAGAGGGCAUAAGGAUGGCAAGACCCAUUUACAUCCUCGCCAGCUCCCUGGCUGGGAACAUAGUAAAUAUCUUUGUUGAUGGGGUGGGAGGAGGAGCUACGUAGACCAGGCUCUGGGCCUGGUUUCCUUGGAGAGGGGAAAAUGAAAGUGCUGACAUGUAAACUCCCGACUCCGGAGUCUCCGACAGCCUGCAUCCAUGGAUCUGCAAGGCAGGCAUCACCCCGCCAGCGGACUGGCUGGCUUUGAGCAGGGCAUCAGAACCAGGUCUCCGGGCACUGGCCCCGGGGAGAGUGGAAGGUGCCUGCUUUGGGGUGAGCACCGGCUGAUCCCCAGCAGAACCCUGUGACAGUCCUGCCAGGGCCCAGGCCAUCCCAACCGACUUCCAUCUCAUGGAGCCUUCAGGGGAGAAGCCAGGAGAGGCUGGUGGGCUGCGAAUCACACCCCAGCUGCUGAAGUCACGCACAGGCGAGUUCUCCCUGGAGUCCAUCCUGCUGCUGAAGCUGCGUGGCUUGGGGCUGGCCGACCUGGGCUGCCUGGGAGAGUGCCUGGGCCUGGAGUGGCUGGACCUAUCAGGGAACGCGCUCACCCACCUGGGCCCGCUGGCCUCCCUGCGCCAGCUGGCCGUGCUCAAUGUUUCCAACAAUCGGCUGACGGGCCUGGAGCCACUGGCCGCCUGUGAGAACCUGCAGAGUCUCAAUGCCUCGGGCAACCUACUGGCCACCCCAGGCCAGCUGCAGUGUCUGGCUGGGCUGCCGUGCCUUGAGUACCUGCGGCUCCGAGACCCUUUGACCCGGCUUAGCAACCCGCUCUGUGCCAGCCCCUCCUACUGGGCUGCAGUCCGGGAGCUGCUGCCUGGCCUGAAAGUCAUCGAUGGUGAGCGUGUGAUGGGGCGGGGUAGUGAGUUCUACCAGCUGUGCCGAGACCUGGACAGCUCCUUACGUCCCAGCUCCAGUCCAGGCCCCAGAGCCACUGAGGCCCAGCCCUGGGUGGAGCCCGGCUACUGGGAGUCCUGGCCCAGCCGGAGUGGCUCCAUCCUGGAGGAGGCCUGCAGGCAGUUCCAGGACACGCUGCAGGAGUGCCGGGACCUGGACCGCCAGGCCAGCGACAGCCUGGCCCAGGCUGAGCAGGCACUCGGCUCCGUGGGCCCCACCUCUUCCUUCGUCUUCUGAACCCAGCUGUGGCCCAGGACAGCCAGGUGACCUUGCUGCCCACAGCUCCCCUCCCUGCCUCCACACUCGUCUUGGUUUCUUCACCCUGGUCACUGGCCACUGCCUGCUGGGCUAUUCCUUUAUCCCUGUCCUGAGGGAAGCCCCUCCCCGCUCUCCCUCCACGUGCUGCAAGGACGCACUGAGGGGCCUUGAAAGGUAUAAAGGCUCCCACCACCUGUGAGCCUGUGUCCACAGCUGCUGCCACUCCGGGCUGCUCCAGCCUGAGACUUAGUGGAAGGAAUUACUUCCUCCUGAGGCUACAGGUGAGAAAGGUAGGGAUGGGCCAGCCUCCACUCCCAGCUGCUGGGAGAGAGGCAGGCUGAGUGGCCAGAGCACUCCUGGAAGCGGAACUCUCCUGCCUUGCAAAUAUGCCUCUCCAGGCUGGUCCUGUAUUUCCUGGGCACCUUCUCUGCCUGUUCUCGCCCACGCAUCUAUUAAAUGCUUCUGUUUUCAUUUGCA